AACCGCGCCCCUCAUGGACCCCACCUGGGAUAGCGUGUACCUACUGGUAUGGGGCUUUGUCGAGGUCUACCUUGGAAUCGUUGCCGCUUGCGUGCCGUGUCUCAAGGCAUUCUUUGAACGUGCCCUGAGACGUGUCGGUAUCACCGUCAACGACAGCAGCAGAGCCAGCGAGACCCAUCCAAGUCAAUGGACCGCGAUGCGGCGGAGCGCUUAUAACAUGAAAUCGGAGAUUCCAAGGUCGAAGGGUACUUGGCCAGGUCAUACCAGCGAUUGUUACCCAGGAACCUACGACAACAGCGAAUACGAAUUAAUUGAGUCCGGCCGAGUUGUUCUGAAGCAAACGGACUCAGAGAUUCGCUCGGCAUUCGUGAAAUCUUGAGUUGCUAUAACACUUUGUUCUUCCUUCCCCUUUUUCUCCUUUUAGAUUUACACAGCGGAUACGCUGUGUCUAUCAUCCUCCAAGGCAGAUUCAUAUAAAAAGUCGGAUACCCCAGAGUUCAAACAGCAUACGGAGUCAGGAAUUAGUGGAGUGCUGUAUAUGAUAAGCAUUCCGAGCUCAUGGUCCUGGGAGUAUGGCAUCCGAUUCAGCGUAGCGAAACGAAUCCCAAGAUGGGAAAUAUGAUUGUACAUAAUACUACCGCUCCUACAUUGGAGCAUGACCGGCCAACGUUAGAAGCUGCACAAGCCAAUGCAGAAUUGUCUUUCAAGUCAAAAAAUAGCCUGAUAUGUAUUACGAUCUCCUAGUUCUCUGCCUAUAGAUGGUCACUACCUUGAUAUAUAGACUUGAACAACCGUGUGUUCAUACUCAAAGAAUUUAGAACGAUACC